CCUAGCCCACACCAGCGGUGCCGUUCAGCGCCUGUCCCACACUCCUCAAACUCCUGUGAUAUUUCCACCCAGCAGCAGAACACUGACAGAGAAAAUGGCAGCUGUACCCCUCCAUUCUUUCCAUCUACUCGUCGCAGUGCUCCAGCUGUGUUUAUUAUGCCCCGCCCAUGGUGGGGCAUAUUAUGGACACAAGCAGCCACCUCAGCAACACCAACCCUUGCCUCAAUUCAAUGAAGGUUAUCCUCAACAACAAUACUUGGGCAAUGAGAUGCCAGUGCUGCCUCAGUUUGGAAAAGAUCUUCCACAGCUGCCAUUGCACAUGGGCAAAGAGAGGCUGCUGACUGAGGGCAAAGGAGAGACGUUCCCCAGAGGAGCUAAAGGGCCCCCUCCCCCAGGUCCCGGUGGAGAGGGUCUCCGAGAAGGACCACCUGGACUUCCGGGCCCUCCUGGACCCCAAGGCCCCCAUGGGCUGCCAGGCCAUGGUUUGACAGGGCCACCAGGGAAGCCAGGCCCCCCUGGUCCCCAGGGUUACCCAGGGAUAGGAAAACCUGGAAUGCCAGGAUUGCCAGGAAAACCUGCAGGACCUGGAUUACAAGGACCAAGGGGUGAGCCCGGCCUACGUGGUGAUGAGGGACCAAUCGGGCUGCCUGGACCAGCAGGUCUUCCAGGCCCCCCUGGUCUUCCAGGGAUUGCAAAGCCAGGAGUUCAGGGGCUUCCAGGACAACCUGGACCUCGGGGAGAGCCUGGUAAUAAGGGACUACCUGGGCUUCCUGGUCUCACAGGUGUCAAGGGAGAAAAUGGAAUUGGUCUGCCUGGUUUGCCAGGUUUGAAAGGGCCUGCUGGCCCACCAGGGCCCCCUGGACAAGUGGGACUCCCUGGAGUUGGUAAACCUGGUCUGAAUGGACUUCCUGGACAGCCAGGGAUACCUGGAAAACCUGGUGCCCCUGGAGAGCCAGGAUUUGCAGGGCCGCAAGGCGAACAAGGUGAACUAGGACCACCAGGCUUGCCAGGAAUUGGAAAACCAGGAAUAGAUGGAUUUCCAGGGCAACCGGGACUUCCUGGAAGGAAAGGGGAACUUGGCCCUCCUGGUCCACCAGGGGGUCCAGGUUUGCCAGGUUAUGGUAAACCAGGUUUUCCAGGACCUAAAGGUCACAAAGGACAUGGUGGUCUGCCAGGACUUCCAGGCCCAAAGGGUGACAAAGGUUAUGGAGGCCCGCCAGGAGUCACUGGUCUUCCUGGUCCCACUGGUCGGCCUGGUCCAGCAGGUCCAAUGGGGCCUCCUGGAGGUCUUGGCUUCCCAGGUCCAAAAGGGGAAGGUGGUGCUGGGGGGCAGAAAGGACCACCAGGGAUAAAAGGUGAUCAAGGGCUUGCAGGACCUCCAGGACAGGGAGGCUUGCCAGGAGAGGGUGGACAACCAGGACCAAGAGGUUUGCCAGGGCCAGUAGGCCCAAAAGGAGAACAUGGUCAUAAGGGUUUACCUGGUCUUCCAGGUGUCCCAGGAUUACCUGGGCCAAGAGGAGAGGGUGGACAACCUGGAGAGAAAGGCCACCAAGGACCAAAGGGCAUUCCCGGGCUUGCAGGACCAGGGGGACCAAUGGGUCCUCCUGGGAUCCCAGGGCCAAAGGGCGAAAUGGGCCCACCUGGUAAACCUGGGUAUCCUGGUGAAGGUAAACCAGGACUCCCAGGUCGUAUCGGUCCUCAAGGUAAGCCUGGCGCUAGGGGCCUCCCUGGCCUUCCAGGACAACCAGGCCAGCCUGGACCCCCUGGUCCUCCAGGAUUACCUGCUGUAGCUCCCGAGCUUGGAGAGAUCCUUCCUGUGACAGGCCCAUACAAUGGCCAAAAACAAGGUCACAAGAAGCCAAAGAAUGGAGGGGACAUUCGUGCAAGUGGCAUAGAGAUGCCAGCAUUCACAGCUAAGCUCACAAAUCCUUUCCCUCCUGUUGGAUCUCCCAUCAUCUUUGACAAACUUCUGCACAAUGGCAAUCAGGACUACAGUCCCCAAACUGGCAUCUUUACCUGUAGCAUACCAGGGAUCUACUACUUUGCUUACCACGUCCACUGCAAAGGAGGUAAUGUGUGGGUGGCACUCAUGAAGAACAAUGAGCCAGUAAUGUUCACAUACGAUGAGUACAAAAAGGGUUCUCUGGACCAGGCUUCAGGAAGUGCAGUGCUCCCAUUACAACAAGGGGACAAAGUGCAUUUACAGCUGCCAUCUGAUCAGGCAGCAGGACUUUAUGCUGCAGAAUAUGUCCACUCCACUUUUUCUGGAUAUUUAUUGUAUGUAAUGUAAAGAAAGUGUCUAAAGAAAGGAGGAAAUAAUGUCACAUUAUCAACCCAAGCUGUUGACUACAGGGAUGGCAGUAUGAUGGUAAAUCUAUUUUAGGUUCAAAGGUCGUAUGUAUGUGCAGUGGAAUUGUUUUGGAAUGGGUGGUGGCAGAGUAAUCAGUGCCAUAGUAAUAAUGUACUCAGCUGAGUAUUUCUUUGUAUCACACACAUUACAUCUGAAAUUAAAUGAGCCAAGGGAACAGUCAAGGGAACAACAAAUAUGCAAAUAAAUCCUCAGAUAAGUAGUCAUUUAUAUUGGUUGUUGCAGAAAGCAAAGUCUGUUGCUGUGCUGUUGUUGAAGAGUAGAUGAGAAGAAAUACUGAGAGUCUGGAGGAAAUUCUGAGAUAAUAUAAGAAUCCAUAAUUUUCAAGGGUAUGAAUUUUUAAAUUCAAACUAUAAUCAUGUUACAUGCAGUAUUCUGUCUGUCAGUCUUUCUGUUACACCUGUCAAAGUAGAUCAUUUGUCAUCAUUUUUUGAAUUGAGGACUAUAUUUUUUACAUCAUGCAUUCAUCAUAAUAUCCACACAGUAUAUCAAUACUAUAUGCGUAAAUAAGCAUAUUCUGGAAUAAUGUUGUUUUAUACUGCAGAAGUCAAUCGUUCAUUGUAUUCACCUAGUAUGUCAGGAUAUCAGUGCAGAAUACAUUUCUAGACAUUGCCUGUUUGCAUUAUGGAUAUAUUUUUGGGGGACUUAAGAGUGUAUUGGUGUUUGUUGUCCAAUGCAUUUACUCACAUUUUGAGCAAUAUACAACAACUUGUUUCUGUUUCAUUUAUGUUUACAGGAGGGGUGGUCAUGAAGUAGUUCAAGAAUUUAGAUUACAUGAGGAACCGUCAGUGUUUUUUGUUUUGUUUUGUUUUUUCUGAAUCUUGAAAAUGCAGCUAUUUUAUAUGAUGAAAAGUAUUCUUUUCUGAUUAAAAAUAAGCAUAUGUAUGACAAUUUCAUUCAAUCUGAAUAUCAUCCCAAACUCCCAAAAAAUAAUCUUGUAGGAGAGCAUUUUUUUAUAUAUAUAUUUCCUUUAGAAGUCAUAAUUUGUCAUCUAACAACAAAUCCUUUCAACAGCAGUUGUGCAUUUGUCAGUAUUCCUCUCCGUAAUUUAUUUGUUUGACUACUGAUUACUUGGAAUUGUGUUACAUGUGUUGAACGGUAAAAAAAAAAAAAAAAAAAGACAGAAAAACUGUUUUGUUGGCAAAAAUAAAGAUAAAGUAAUAUUCCUCAAUGA